AUGAAUGCAAGUGUCUCUGAGGUUGGAAGUAGUGGCUUUGGAAUUUGCCCAAGAUUUGUACAGCAGUUGAGUGUGACGACAGACCCAGAAUGUGUUGCCUACGUAGAAUGGUUCUGCAAGAAACCUGAGCUGUCACGUGAAAAGGAGACCUACUUACACUUGCACAUCUGCAUCAGGGACGGACCUCAGUGUCAUUUUGUAAGAUCCCUGGAAGGGAGAGGGCCACUUGGGCUUUCUGUGUUGAGAGACGACGACAUCCCGGUGGCUUUAUCAGUCAACAUGAACGCUGAUGGAAGUGGGGUCCCCUUUUUGGAUGUGGCCGGUGCCAGAGUGGUCUUUCAGAACCCUGGCCAGGAGCCGUUUUUGAAGGUUCCAGAAAGAGGCCUGCAUCAGUUCCACAGCGAAAGGAGACCAUCAGAUGAGGCCUCUGGACACCAAGUAGGGGAAUGGGAAGAAGCUGAGUCACCCCUGAGUCGUGCAGUAAAUAGAAAGAUAUUUGACUUGGUGCAGUUCCUUCUCCUCAAGUAUCAAAGGAAGGAGAUGACCACCGAGACAGAAAUGCUGAUUUGGGUUACUAGAGAUUAUGAGGGACACUACCCUGUGAUCCUUAGUGAGGCUUCUGAGGAUAUGAAGGUGGUCUUUGGCAUAGACAUGGUGGAAGUGGACCCCGUUGUUCACUCCUAUGUCCUUGUCACGACCCUAGGGAUCACCUAUCACGGGAUGCCCCAUGGCUCCCCGGGUUUACCCAAAACUGGCCUCCUAACACUGGCCCUGUGCAUUAUCUUCAUGGAAGAUAACUGUGUCAGUGAGGAGAUGUUCUAGGGAGUGUUGAAUUCAUUAGGGCUCUAUGCUGGGAGUAAUAAUUUCUUAUUUGGGGAGCCCAGGAAAGUCAUCGCUGAGGAUUUUGUGCAGGAAGGGUACCUGGAGUACAGGCGGGUGCCUGACAGCGAUCCUCCUCGCCACGAGUUCCUGUGGGGCCCAAGGGCCCAUGCUGAAACCACCAAGAUGAAAGCCUUGGAAUUUUUUGCCAGCAUCAUGAGGAAGGAUCCUCAGUCCUAUACAGAGAAGUAUGCAGAGGCUUUGAGAGAUGAGGGAGGGAGGGCCUAGGCCCGAAUUGCUCAGGGGGUAUUACUGCUGCCAUUGCCAGUUCUAGUGCACUAG